CAUCAGCUAACAAGAAGCUCAGUGUCCCGCCCAUUUCUUCUUACUCCUCUCCCUGACUGGGUCAGUUAGAAAGGGUGUCAGUUGACUGACUGGCCCUGCAGGGGUGGAGUUUAGAUGAGGCAGGCAGGACAUAGAUUACAGCUGGAAGAACAAAACAACCUGCCCUGGUCCUUUCACUUGCUUUCACCCCUUUUGUUCUCUACAGUCUCAACCUACUUACCGGAUAUACAGACAGGUCUGAGGAUAUUUCUAGCUGGGGUGCUACAAUGGAAAAUAGAUUCCCCCACCCUUUCCUUCCAGAGGAGACUGCCAGUCUUGGUCAGAAAACAGAACUUACUCUACCACUAAACCCCACCUUUCCCAAAUCAGAGAUAGCCAGUUCCAGUAUUGGCUCCACCUCCCUCUUACUCAGGACCUAUAAAACCUUCAACUCUGAGAGCAGCUCUGCACUCAGUGCACCGGACACCCUGCCCACCCCUGCUCACCCAGGAGGCCGCAGGGCAGAUCCCCACAGAUAAGGGCUGUUGUGGUUGUGCUAAGAGAAGUGGGUAAGGCUGAGUCUCCUGAGGAAACACAUGGAAUUGGUCCAGGACACCACCCGCCCAUCACUGGUGGAUAUGAAGGGCAUACCAAUGAUCAAGUACUUUGCAGAGGGGACAAGGCUGCUGCAGGACUUCCAGGCCUGGCCUGAUGACCUGCUUGUCAGCACGUACCCCAAGUCUGGCACCACUUGGGUGAGUGAGAUACUGGACAUAAUCUAUCAGGAUGGUGAUCUGCAGAAGUGUCGUCGGGCUCCCAUCUACAUGAGGGUGCCCUUCCUUGAGUUCACAAGCCCAGGUGUUCCCUCAGGUAGAGAAGCUCUGGAAAAUACAGCAGCCCCCCGGCUCCUCAAGACACACUUGCCCCUGGCCCUGCUCCCCCAAAGCCUGCUGGACCAGAAGGUCAAGGUCAUCUACAUUGCCCGCAAUGCCAAGGAUGUGGCCGUCUCUUAUUAUAACUUUCAUCGCAUGGCCAAGGUGCACCCUGACCCCGGCACCUGGGACAGCUUCCUGGAGAACUUCAUGAAGGGGACAGUGUCCUACGGGUCAUGGUACCAGCAUGUGCGGGAGUGGUGGGAGCUCCGCCGCACCCACCCCAUUCUGUACCUCUUCUAUGAAGACCUGAAGGAGAACCCCAAAAGGGAGAUUCGAAAGAUCCUGGAAUUUCUGGGACGCUCUGUGCCUGAUGAAACCAUAGACCUCAUUGUCCAGCACACAUCCUUCAAGGAGAUGAAGAAGAACCCUAUGACUAAUUACACCACUAUACCCAGUCACCACAUGGACCACAGUGUUUCCCCCUUCAUGAGGAAAGGCAUCACAGGAGACUGGAAAAACACCUUCACGGUGGCCCAGAACGAGCGCUUUGAUGCCCACUAUGCUGACAAGAUGGCGGGCUGCAACUUUAUUUUCCGCUCUGAGAUCUGAAUGUGCCAUCGGGAGUCACUUCAGAGGAAUUCGACAAAACUUGAUCAUGACCUCAAGAAUAAAAUAUGAUGUGUUCAACACA